AUGAGAAACUAUCUACUCAGAAGACAGAUAACAAAUGCAUAGAUUAUAAAUCGGUAGAGAAGAAGAAACUGACCCAUAACACAAGUAGUUGCUUCUGUCAAAGAAUGGGUUCUGUCAAGGUUUCUCCUUUGGCUCUCUACUUGCUUGCCACAUCAUUAAUGUUCUCGAUGAAGAUUGAAGCAUUGGGUGGUUUUUGUGAGAAUGGUAUAUGCAUAUCUUUGAAACAUGCAUCUGUUGGGAAAAUGAUGGAGCAACAUUCAAAGUUAUGUCAAUCUCAUGAAGAGUGCAAAACAAAAGGAAGUGGAAACUUUUGUGCUCACUUUAAUCCUCGGGUAGAUUAUGGCUUAUGUUUUCACACGUGAAUUUUAACAAAUAAAAGUUUGUGAUGCAUCUACUACUCCAAAUAAAAGAGUGCUAGCUCCACUACGUUUUGUUUUCAACUCUUGCGAUGUGUAUGGUGAAAUGCGUAGACAUGGACAUGAGUAUGAGCUAUUUUCUUUAAAAAAAAAGGGGGUUUGAGCUGGUGCUGAUGUUCUUCCUCCAUGGACCAUCCUUGUAAUAAUUUGACCAAAUAUAGUGAGAUAAUUUGUAUAAACUUUUCAAUAUAAGUACUUAAGAGGUUAAAUGAAUCAAUUACAUUACAUGA